AUGACUCUUGUGGAUGUGGCCACUAUCCUCCCCGAGACGUGCGAAUGGAACACCUACAUGUGCUGCUGGACCGGCCACGACGGGUCCAAGGGCAUGUACGGCAACGCCGAUGUCUGCCGCGUGCUGAACUACCCUGAGGAGGGCGACGUCCUCGAACUUCCCCGUGACGAUGAAGGCCCUGUUUACUGCCACGGCUUCGCCUGGGCAGACGGCGCGGACAUCGACAGCCACAUCCUCCCCCUGUACCACUACGUCACGAACGUGAACCGCACCGACGACGGGGGGUACUACGGAAACGUCGAGGGAGUGCCUUCGUGUGGAUGUAUCGAGGACAUGCCGGUCGUGUCCGAUGCGGCGUGCUCCAAGUUCGGAGGCGAAGGGAUCGAGCCUUGCUGGGACAACAGUCUUCGUUCCCAGUACAAGUACAAGCUGGACGAGCCGAAGGGCGAGAUGGAAUACAACCUGGUCAGAGAGUGCGACAACGAGGACGUGCCCGACUACGACUUCCGCACCUGCAACCAUAACACGUACAUGUGCUGCUGGACGGAGAACGACGGUCAGGGGAUGGCUGACAACACGGAUGUGUGCCGAGUGAUCGACUACCCGUCGAUGGGCGAGACCACCGAGUAUCCCGGAGGGAGCGAGGGAGAGGUUUCCGAGGCCGACUGCACGACGUACGACAACGAGCCGGGCCGAGAGGGCAAGUUCACGGCGUGCACCAAAAACGACCUUCGCACCCGUUACGAAGAAGAGUACCCUAUGGGCGAGCUCAGCAACCUCGUCGGCGAGUGCGACAACGCGGAGGCUUGA